AUUCAACAUCUGUUUGGCCGGAAAUCGCAGGGCAAAAUUGUCGUCGCCUUGACUCUCCCCAUUGAAGCAGCAUCCCGUCAGCUGCAACGAACCGAGACGAGCCAGUACGAAUAAGCCGACAGCCGCCUCUGCCCGCCAUGGAGUCAUUCGUGAUCAAGACUCCGUGCUCCAGCGCCAACAUUGGCCCUGGCUUCGACGUCAUCGGCCUUGCGUUGUCCGUAUACCUCGAGCUGCACGUCACCAUCGAUCGCUCCAAGACCAAGUCGGAGCAUCCCCUCAACUGCAGGGUGACGUACGAGGGCCAGGGUGAAGAGUCUGGUGAUAUUAGCCUGGAUCCGCAGAACAACCUCAUCACCAGGGUUGCACUGUAUGUCCUGCGAUGCCACGAUCAGCGCAGCUUUCCGGUCGAGACGCAUGUCCACAUUAAGAACCCCAUCCCGCUGGGCAGGGGAUUGGGAAGUUCCGGAGCAGCUGUUGUUGCUGGUGUGAUGCUUGGCAAGGAGGUUGGUGGUCUCCAUCACUUGGACCAGGACCGGCUGUUUGACUAUUGCUUGAUGAUCGAGAGACAUCCUGACAAUGUCGGCGCCGCCCUCUUUGGAGGAUUCGUCGGCACUUAUUUGAUGCCAUUGAAGCCUGAGGAUGCUUCGAGAGUAGAAAUCCCGUUGAGUGAAGUGCUUCCCGCACCGGCAGGAGGAGUUGAUACCGGCAAGCGACCCCCGGAGCCCCCACACGGAAUUGGUCACCACAUCAAGUUCCCGUGGAACAAGGAGAUCAAGGCCGUUGCCAUCAUCCCCGACUUCAUUGUCCCUACUCACGACGCCCGUGCUGUCCUGCCGCCAAACUACCAGCGUACUGAUGUGGUAUUCAACCUGCAGCGGAUAGCCCUGCUCCCCGUUGCUCUAGGCCAGUCGCCACCUGACCCAGAGCUCAUUAACCUUGCCAUGCAAGACAAAGUUCACCAACCUUAUCGCCAGACUCUCAUUCCUGGUCUGUGCGAGAUUGUUGAAGCCAUGUCUCCAAAGACUACGCCGGGAUUCCUCGGCGUGUGCCUCUCCGGUGCCGGCCCCACCAUCUUGGCCCUUGCCCUGUCCAACUUUGAGGACAUUGCCAAUCAGAUCAUCGCUACUCUGAGAAAGCACAACGAAAACAAGAAUCUGGAUUGCAAGUGGCUAGUCUUGGAACCUGCCGAGGGAACUCAUGUUGUUCGAUCAAGCUGAAGAUGAAGACGACAUCUAGUGUAGGCGUUUUUGGCAUCUCCCCUCUUGGAUGAUGAUAUUACGGGCGUUAUUGGAAAGACGAGUGAGGUUAACUGCAGCGUAAUGAAUAAUAAGAUAGAGUCCAAGUUGCCAUGGGGCUUUUACCAGUGUAUAUUGAUAUACGAGUGCUAGAUAACGUGUAUUAUCAGUGGUAUCUUAUAAUCAUCUUUCG